AUGUACAGAGUUGUCAGAUCAAGGCUUCUUCACAUCUUUCUACUUCUGGUGUUGGUGAACCAAGUUUCACCUAUGAAUAUCAAAAUAGGUAAGAAAAGCAUCAGUAGAUUUCAUAUUCUUCAUGAUUACAUUUAAUUACAAAGUCAUCUGGGAGAGCUAAUGGAGUUAAUCACACUAAAAUACGCCAUUAUUAAUAAACCUUAAAUAUGGAUUUGAAGAAUAUAUAUUUGUUGUGUAUACACUUCACGUUUAAUUGUUGUUGUGAGCUUUCAAGUUAUUUCGAAGUUGCCGAUCAGUGAAAACUGAUCAACAGAAACAAGGCGUGUGACCUCUUAGUAAAAAAUAUGCUUACGAAGACUGAUUAUUAUGCCACUUUUCAGAUUUUUUUUUUCUUUGUCGUAGAAUUAAUGGAGUAAAGAGUUUAAGCUAAUUCGCUGUGGUUUUUUUUUUCUUUUUAAUUUAUAACUCUGCCUGUUUUUACGAGCCAAGCAUCAAAAAGAGAGAAGAAAGUAAUUAAAGAAAAUUAUUUUGUGAAAUCAAUCAUCAGGAGAAACUGAAAGCUGAAAAGAGUGAUAGGCUGAAAUUUUCGUGCAGAUUCUCUUGCGGUUAUGAAGCCAUGGCCUUACCGGAGAGAAAGGACCCACAGCCCAGAGAGCUGCUUACUCAAUUUGCUUCAUUUUUGAUCACCUAAAAAUCUUGAUUUAAGUCAAUAGUUUGAGUUCUUUCUAAAUCCUUUUUAUGUCUUUUGGAAAUUUAAGCUACGAACAUAACACAACGGGGAGGCGAGACACUCCUCUACUUUUAUGGCUAUUUAAGUACUAAUCACCUCAAAAGGUUUAGUUAUUAUGGCGUUUUGUUCUGAAAACGGGUAUGGAUUCUGACUGUUGUUUUCUUGAACUUUGUUUGGUAUCCAGGCGCAUCACAAGAGCUUAUAGACGCAUUUGUCUUUUCAACUCAAAACUAGUAACAGAGGAAUGAGGAUGAUAUUUAUUUGAGUUGGGUUUUCCAGCGAAUUUAAGCAAGACUGGAAUGUGGAACUGAUGCGAAGCUUAAUUACUUUACAAUUGACAAAGCCAAAGUAAAAUUAACAACCGCGACGUUUCUUUUAGUUAAAUCGGGUGAUAAAUUCAGAAUAUGAAGAUGAUGAGAGAAAUGUGCAAAAAAAAAAAAUUUAUAUGGUAACAAAAAAGUUUUGGAUUUUAAAGGCCAGGAGUGAAACGUGUGUGAAUAUCAAUGUUCUGGAGUGAAACAGAGUCAUAAUCUGGAGAAAAGACGCUCCUUUUUUAGCAAAAAUUGCGAGAAAUCUCUUCCCUUUCCUGGGAAGAACUCAUCAAUCACCGUGACUAAUUCAGAAUUGAGGAAAUCAAGCCUCACCGCUGUUGAAAAAAAGUGAUUAAUAAAUUAUUAGAGAAAGAUGGUAAAAGAUGAUAGUAAGGUGAUUUUAAUUUUUGGUUAAAAGGGGUCUUUGAUCAGGCGUGGAUUGCAUUGUCUUUAGCCUCUCUAAUUCAAUACAAAGUCCAGAGAUAAAUAUUCAAGUCAUAUGCUAAUACUGGCAUGUCCACUGUUAAGAGUUUCUAAAGCUUAAGUUUGGAGAGUCAGCCGUUCGGCAGAGUGACGAAAUAUUCAUGUUACACCUUCGUUCUGACAAAGGGCUAGAACUCAAAACGUCAACUCUUUGCGGUGGCCACGUCAGUAUGAUCAUUUCAAAUUAUCUUGCAAUAGCACCCACCGACUCAGCACCACAAUUUUUUUCAGCCUACAGCCGGAUUCGGCGUAAUUUUUCAGAGGUUUUUACAUCUUACAGGCGAACGGAAACAAGCACUAGGUGAGCUCGAAACGCGCGUCACGCGUGAGAGGAGGAGCGCGAAAAAAUAUUGCGCUCCUCACCUUGCGCGUGACUCGCAUUGCGCGCUCGCCUCGUGCUUGCCUCAGUUUGACUGAAAAACGCAAAAGAAUUACGCUGUGUCGUCUUUUACUUGUAUGGGUAAAUACGAAUCCAAAGAUAAAUAUGAAAAUUCCACCCUACUAAAUUAAAACGUCCGCUCAGUUUAUGAUACGAUGUUUCGUAUUACAAUAACAUACAAUCACUUUCAACCCAUGGAGCACAUCAUACUUUCUUUAAACUUCUUCGCGCUCAAUUAUGAAAAAGUAAAAAAAGCUGCUCAAAAUGACACCUUAAAGGAGGAACAUAGAAAUCCCUUAGCUGGACAAUGCAACUUAAUAGUCACUUGUCACUCCAAAAAUCAAACCAUUCACAUUGAGGGGGAAGGAUUUGGAACCAAAAGUACCCUUCCUCUGUACACUUCCUAAAACUAAUAAACCACUUUUAUUCUCCAGGUGCCUUAUACAGCAAAAACUCCGAAAGGCUUUUCAAGUUACUCGAAUACCUUUUGGCACACGAGCCACGGGAGCUUACCUUAAAAAAGACUUUCAUAUUGCAACUAGUGCCACUGAACGUUGAUGGUGAAGAUCUCCUCUCUCAAGGUAGGUAAUAAUUAAUGAUUCCCUUGAUAAGUAAAGGAGAAUCUUUAUGGGCCGAAUUUGAGGAAAGCAGCCUUAUCUCAUCCCUUCAAUUAAGUUUGAGAGUUUAUGUAUUCCGAAGGAGUACCGUUCUUUUCUUUAUGAUUGAUGGGUGGAUCGGUGGUUUUUGAGCCCAAUGAUCUCAAAGCAGCGGCGAAUAUCUAGUCCAAAUGAUUUUAAACAGAGUUAAGGUUUCACUAAGCAUUCCCCAUAAAACCAUAAAACUUCCCCCCCCCCCUAUAUCCAAAACAAUUUUGGGAGGUGCGAAGAAUGGUGCCCAUAUAAAGGGUAAGCCAUGCCAUAGUGGGUCUAAAUUUUCCUAAUAUUUGGUGCAGGCGUUGUGCUCCAUGGUAAAUAUUUUUUAUUAUGGGGCAGUGCUUACGCAAGGCAGCGCCUGCUCAUAGCAAAAUUGUGUUUGUAUUCUUACAUUUCUGUUAGUUUCAGAACGUUCUUAACUUUAGCUGAUCAAAAUUAAGACUAUUGCUUGAAGCCAAAAUGAUUUAUUUCCACAGAUGUGGCGAGGAAAUUAAGUUCUGUCUACGCUAUCAUUGACCUUGAUUGUAAGAACGAAAACGUUCUUGCUCUGAGCUCCCUUCUUCAAAGACCUUUGGUUAAAGUAGACAACAUUGACGAAGAAACGCCACACAAGUACGCGUUAUCAGUGAGACCGUCGUAUCGUGAUGUCUGUGAUGCUCUGUUUGAUAUGAUGAAGUUCUACUCAUUCACAAGAGUAGCCGUUGUUUAUGAUGGUAAGAAUAAGUACUCGUAGGAGAACAGUCAUUUAUCAUUAAUCGUCGCCAAUGUGUAAAGGGAGACUCUAGAAAAUUGACGGCAAACUUACUGCCAAUGAGGGAUCAUAAGAACAUUACAGAACCUUAUGGAAGGAUCAGGUAAAUUUUGUGGUGACACAAACAGAAUCCUCCGAACUCCACCCCAACCCACCCCCUGCCGAUAAAAUUAUGACUAGUCCUUCAUCACCCCCUUGAAAAUAAUUGAAAAUACAAACUGAUUUGGAUAAAAUUGGUUAUGACUGAAAUCGCUUUUUAGAGCGGAUGGGUAUAUAAGAAAAAAUAAAUAACAAAACAAAAACAAAAAAAACAAAACAAAAAAACAAAGGCUUUGCGUCACUGUUCUUUGAUCUAGACACUUGCCAUUCAUAUGAUUAAGUGAUUCUGGCGCCGGUGAUCGAGUUGUUUGAACGAAAAUCAUUUUGUUCGUUGAUCUGUUCACCCUUUACUCCCUCACAUCAGCACGCAUAUUCUCCAUACAGUUCUCCAGACAAUUCUUAAGGUGUUGACAAGGAGAAGUUGUUCAACAACCAAGAGCUUCUUUAGUUGGUGAUCAUUCCCUUUAUUCCCUUGACCUUCAUUUUUGAAUCAGGGGUGAUAUUGCAAAGACUGAUUUUAGAUGUUAGACACUCCUAGGGGGUCGUAGGGGAAAAGGGUUGUCUCGUUUUUGUCUGAUCAAAUUUUUACUGUUUCUGAACGUUUCUUCAACGUUACUUUUGCCUGUUUUACAUGUUUGAGCUUCUUAACUUAAUUUCAGCUCGCAAAGCGAGGCAGGCGUCUUUGUUCUUUGCAAAGGUUCGCAAGUGGCCAAGGUAUAAUGCAGAAAUGAUGCCAGAGCUUCCUCUAAACAAUCAGUACAAAGUGAGAGAGGCUCUCACAGCCUUACUGAAGGCACAUAUCAAACAAGUCGUUCUAUUUGCUGAUCAGAAGGACUUGGCAACCAUAAUGAACGAGGUAACGCAAUAAAAUGUCAUCCGUCACCAGCAAAAUUUACACUCACUUAUUAAGGAUGAUGCGAAAACGCGAUUGCUGAACUCAGUUAAUUACUUAAAACGUAAUAUUACUUUGAUCAAUGCGCUAUGUGAGGCAAUAGGCUAUCAGGGAAGAGUUUGUUUACUGGCUAAUCACCCGGUCAAGUUUUAAAAUUUCAUUUGCAGACAAAAUUACAUUUAGCGGCCGUAGUUAGUUCUUCGUGCGGUUUAUUGCUAACCGAAUUGAUCAUUUUAAACAGGCACUAUUUGUGGGAAUCAAUGACAAAGACUUGAAGUGGAUAGCCUCAGAUCUGGUAACGCUUGUCUUGACUUUUUUUAUGUACCUUUCCCUUUAAUCAAUGUGAAUUUUAAGCUUCAUUGAUUACGUAGCUCGAGAUGUCAGACCCAUCAGUAAAUCACUCAAUUUAUGGGAAAUGGAAUAGGUCAGUAGUUCUGUAAGAAGUUGUCAGUUGUAAUGUAAGGAAGCUGGCUCUUCAUUAAGUUACACCUAAGUUACAAAAGAUCUUCUUUUUAGACAUACUUUGGUCAUUCUCGGAUGCACCACAUUUGAUAGGGCCAAAAAAUGUUAAAAUUGAAAUGUAGAACUGAUCAAAGAACGUGGGCGUAGAGAUGUAUACACUCUCUACGAUGGUAAAAUAAUUAAAUGCGUUCAGACUGUUAAGGCAUCCUCACCGUGAAACAAUAACAUGGUGCCUGACUAUAGAAUUUUCAGUUUUUAUGACAUAGAAUGUGCAAAUGUGACUGGCAACACCUCUUCAUAGGGUCUUGAAGGGUAGUGAAGAAUAUUUUGAUUCCUUAAACUCUAUAUCUAACUGAUUAAUUAGUGGUUGAGAGGAAGAAACGUCUCUAAUCUUUUUGUCCUUUAUCAAUUCAAUCUGGAUUUGGUAUCAAUAGGAAGUGGCAGGUCCAAACAAGACUUACCCCUCCAUUCGCGGUCUGGUUGGACUGAGUCUUCAUCUCGGUAACACCUCAGCGGCGAAGAAAUUAGAAGAUAUAUCAAAAAAAGUCAUUGUGCCUCGUGGAGCAAACCACUACUCAUUGGUAAGAAAAAAAACAAAAUUAACAAAUUGCUCAACUUUGUUUGCGAGGUUUUGAUAUUUUUAUUUAUCUAUCCAUUUUUAUUUUUUGGGGGGUGUAGGAAGGGGCUGUUUUUAUUGAAAGAAGAUGUCAGAAAAUUCAUGUUUCGGUGGGACAUUUGCAGAAAGCGUUGAAAAAAUUUAGAACGCACUUAUUGUCGUACACCGUUGUGGUCUGCUUGUGUGACUCCAUGACCUAUCGCAAAUAAUCUUUAUUUUUUGUGCGCAGGAAAUGUACUCCGCGGUGCAUGAUGCAGCAUCUGUAGUAGUAAAAGGAUUAAAUAUAUUCUUGUCAAACAAGACCAGGGUAGAUAUGGCAAUUGAAUUCUCGCCCAGCCAGAAGUGCCCUCUACGAAGCAAGAAAGAUUCAAUGGCACAGGCAAUUCUAGACGAUUUCAAAAAGGUAGAGUGUUACUUAACAAUUCCCUGCUUUAUCACUGUCAGGACUCCUGUCACUGUACAUUCUUUCUCGCUGAGUCGCUCCGUAGUCUUCGAUCCGUUGUUCCCAAAUCUUAAUUAGCGUUAAGUCCAACAUAAAAUUUCCGAAGGUAAGGCCAGGUUACUAAUUUAAUCCAACAUGGCGACUUCCUCUACGGUUUUACAGUGCGAAGGAGCUGAAAGAUUCCGAAUAUUUGCAUCGCUAAGAUCAAAAUGGGACACAAAGAUACCGUUUGAAAAUUAUAUUUGUAGUUCAACGAAACAAAUGGCCGAGGUUCAAUUUUGCAUUACCUCAGACUUCACCUUCCAAACGAUUUCAUAAAAUGCUUGUGAACGUCUCCUUAAAGCACCCAAACCUAAAUGAAAACAGAUUUAGAGAAGCAUUUUUGUCCGGGUUUCCGGAGACAAAAGGACACAGGAACGUACAGACUCCAAAUUGACUGGAUGCCUGAAUAAGCUCAGCUUCGAGCAUUUGUUGAUUUUAUGAGUACGCCUUGCUUACGGUACGUGAACUUUGCCAGACGAAAUUACAUGAAACAAAGUUAGUUCUUAUGUACUUUUAAACUUUUUGGUAACAAUAAUUGGACUUUGACUGUGUUUCCAGGUCAGUUUUAAGGGCUUCACAGGAACUGUAGCAUUUAAACGUACAGGGGAACGGAAAAUAAAAACUGGCAUGGACAUUUUGAAUAUUCUUCCGAAGGAAGUAAAGAAGGUAAAGUUUCGCACAUGUAGUUAUUGAUUUUGUUGAAUUGUGGGACUGUUAUUUUCCCUGUUUUUUUUUUCGUCAUGGUUGUAUAUUUAAAUGUGUAUCUUUGUAGGUAUGAGUAUUAAAUGAAGGGAUGGGAUGAUCUGGUAAACACGCAUACCUAAACCUAGUGUGCUCUUGCUGUGGAAUGGGGGAUAAGAAUUGGCAGGAUGAUCAGCUGGAUCAUAUGCUUGAUUUUCGAGAUGUAACCUAAUUUUCGUUUGUAUACCCCCAAUCAACUGAGUUUGAGGUUCGAACUUUAAGUUACAGACCAAGUUUCCCCCCCUGGAUUUAUAGCCCAGGUAUGAAAUGUACUGUCCAUAGAUCAGAAUGGAAAGAAGGAGGUUGCAUAACUUAUUGCACAGACCCUUAAAAUGAGAUUAGUAAGAUAUUUAUUAUAUCUCUCAGUUAAAAUAGAGGGGGAGUAUUUAAAUUCCAACAAACUUAUGAAUUUAGCUGGCCACACAGUGAAAUAAGGCCAGCUAAAUUGACCAAUCAUAGUGCACAUACUAACAGGGAGAUAUAAUAAAAGAGUUGACAGGAUGCAUGAGCACUAGGAUUACAAUCUGAAUUUGUGAGAUGUAACUUACUUAUCAUUUAUGAUUUUAAUAUUUUAACUUAUACUUUAGAUUGGUUCAUGGAAACCAGAGCCGGGAAACAAUGGACACAAUGUUUUGCCUGGGAGUAGUGAAGAGCCUAAGUGGAUCGGAUGUUUUUAUGAGUCUGUGAAAUGCCAUAAUUACAAUCCAGAUCCCACAACCAUUGGCCUUACACCAAAGCUACCAAAACUAAAUAUUACCACAGUGCUGGUGAGAAUACAAUGUUUUGCUACCCAACCAUUUGUAGCCUGUGUACAGUGGCCACCUUCAUGUACCCUCCAAAAGAUUGAUUUUUCUUGGAGGGUGGAAGGGGGGGUGGCUGUGAACAGGCUAUCAUUUGGAUGAUACAGUUUAUGAGUGAAGGGUCUUCCCAUGUUGUUCCUAACUCUUAUGCUUUACAAGUAUAAAGAAGAUAAUAUGAAGAAGAACUUAUUUAGUGACACUUGGUGUUGGAUUCUUCUGUGGUUACAUGUUAGAUGUGAUUAAUUUUUCAGAGUUUCCAACUAUAAUCAUGAUAGAAAAAUUGCAAUUUAUUUUUAUUGUAGAAAGAUACCAUCAGUGAUUGAAAGAGAAUAUCGCUAGUUACUUAUGACCUAUGUAUUUUAUAGCACGAUUUAAUGUUUAAUACUAUUUAAAACUCUCUUUUUUUAACCCUUUAACUCCUAUAAGUGACCAACACAGAAUUUUUCUGUACAAUAUCAGUACAAUAUCAUGCAAACAAAUGACAAGAAUAAAGAAAAAUGUAAAUUAAAGUCGAUUAUUACCUGGUAGUUGAUCCAAUAACAAAUUCUUGGAACUAACAUAAUAACAAUUUUAUGACAGACAGUAAGGAGAACUACUAAUGGGAUCUUGGAGUAAAAGGGUUAAUUUGUCUCUGUCAUAACCCAUAUAUUAUUUCAAAGCUGUCUAGAAUUCCACGUUGUAGUUCUCAACAAUUUCUAUCAAUGGUAUUUGAAGAGAUUAGUGGAAAAUAGCCCAAAUGAAAUACAUGAAAUCCAACACCUCAAGAUCUUUGCUCUCCUGAGGAGUGAAUGUUUGGUGAAAUUCAUCCCAAACUCCUCAGAUAAUUAAAUCAGGAAUGAAUAUUCCAUUGCUGCUAGUAAAUCUUAUUCUCUUGGAUGGAAAGCACUGCACAGGAUUUGAUGAGUAUUUGAUGUGACAGCUCUGAUAGGGUAUAAACUGAUGAAAUGUUUGACCUUACCCUACAGGAGCCACCAUUUGUGGAAAAAGUAAAUAAAUCUUCCAAACUUGUGGAUCUAGCUGGAAAAGUUUCUAAAGGAGAUCUUCAAGGAUUCCUCAUUGAUGUGAUUGACGAACUGUCUAAAGAAGCUCAGUUUGAGUAUGAUAUCUAUUUGAGACCUGACAGAAAGUAUGCAAAUGUGAUUGAGGAACUGAAAAAUCAGGUGAAGAGUUACACAAAAGUGUACACAUGUCAUUUAAAUUUUUUUUUUCUGACUAUAUCAGCUCGUAUGCUGGACAUAACUUGUAAGGGCUCCAUCCAUUUUAGUGGCUGAGUUGUGAAAUUGUCAGUGUCUUGUACAUUUAUCAUGGCCUCUCCUCAUCCAUGAGUAGCAUAAGAUACUUUGGUUUUACGAACUGAGUUGAUAAUGUAAAUUGGCCAUAGUGAAGAGUUCCUAAAGCUGACAUUUUGAGCAUUAGCCCUUACUCAGAGCAAAUGAGUAAUGGUUCUUUGUGCUAACAUAUGGUAGUCUGCAGUGGUCUCUUCCAACAUCUAGAAAGUUUGGAAAACUACAAAACUGUGGGGCAAAAGUUUAUCUUUCAAAUUGGUAUACUUAACCCCUACAACAUCAACAAAUGCUUUUCAUUCAACUAAUUUAUUCUUGUGUUUUCACGUAACCAUGUUUCCACCAAUAGCAUGGCUGCAUCUUUCUGUAUGUAAACUGCACAAUCCACAAUUAUACUAUUUACUGUGACAAAAGGGCCAACUGAUUCGUGGGUGGUGUUCAAUUUGGUAAAUACAGUACUGGGUGUAUCCUGUAUGGAAAUUUGAUGAAUGCUUGGUGCUGUAUUUGAUAUAUGGAUUUUUGUUUUAAUGUUUCCUAUCAGGAAAAGGAUAUGGCACUUGCACCUAUAACGAUAACUGCCCAACGCGAGCAGGACAUUGACUUUAGUAAGCCCUUCAUGGACUUCAGUUUGAGUCUUAUUAUGCAGAAAGCAAAUGAGCCAGCCAUCAACAACUUUGCUUUUCUCCAACCAUUUACUGGUCAAGUGUGGCUGUCCACCAUUGGUGUGGUAGGUGAACGUACUUGAUUCAUUGAAGCAUACAUUGUGCAUACAUGUAUAAGGCUUGUGAUUGGGCUUUAUGGAUCAAAGGGAAUUACCGUAAUGAUACUAUAUAGCACCCUCCUUCCAAUAAGCGCUCCCUCUCUAAUAAGUACCCCUCCCCCCAUAGAAUGUGUUUUUGUUAACAAGCGCUCCUAUUCUAAUGAGCUUCCCUAUUGAGUAAGCGCCCUCGUUCGAAUAAGCGCCCCCUGUCUAAUAUGCGCCUUCCCCAUCGAAUUUGUUUUGGUUGAUGAGUGCCCCUAUACUAAUAAGUGCUCCAAUUCCGUUUGAGUUAUAGCACCAUUAGAGUACAUUUUCGUUGAGAUCAACCUGGGUUCAUCUUUCUUUAAUUGCUCACUUUAAGCCCCAUAACAAAAAAGUGAUCUUUGUCUCAGUCUCUCUGCUGUUAUGUCGCCGUGAGGGUACAGUUCUUUUAAACGAAAGAUCCUGUUUUAAAAUUUUGCGACAAUUGCUUGGCAUCAAAGCUUUGUUUCACAUUCUGCUGUUUCUCAAAAAAGAAAUAAGCGCCCUGUCUCGAUUAAGCGCCCUCCCUCGAGGUACCAUAGGUAAAUAAGCGCUGAAUCGAAUCAUUACGGUAAAAAUUAAUACAGUGCACGUGGGAGGCUGCCGACAUUUACAGAGAGAGAGAUCAGAAAUUUAACCCACCAUCAUCAUUCCCAACAGUCUGAAGUUCUUAGAGGUAGAUGUGUUUUCGCCUUGUCACGAACGUGCAACGGAGGGAAAAAUCCCGGUCCCUAUGAAGAAUCGAACCUCAGACCUUCGGAUUCCACGCACCGAUGCUCCACCGCUGAACUACAAAGAUUCUGCGGUGAGCUAGGCCAUUACUACUUGAAAAACAUUCAGCAAGUGAAUGACUCCCAGUUGUCACUUCGGACAACGACCAUAUUCAGCCCUCGCACACCCGGCUUUCCCACUUUGUGUUUUGAGACAGGAUCUGAGGUGGGAUGGUGAUGGGGGGAUAUGCCCUCUUUGUGAAGUAGGGAUCUGUAAGAGGCAAAACGUUUCUCCGCCACCUUAUUUUUUAAGGUUUUGUUUAUCACUGGAAUGAUGUGUGUCAUGGACUAUUUGAGCCCAUUUGGUUACCGUGCUCGCGCUCUUGAAUCUGACGAAGAGCCUGGAAAUGAGUUUAACCUCUUGAACAGUCUGUGGUUUGCUACAGCUUCCGUUUUACAGCAGGGUCCAGAUAGCACCCCUCUGGCGCCUUCUGGUCGUUUGUUAGCCUCUACGUUCUGGUUCUUUAUCUUGAUCUUGAUAUCUACAUAUACGGCAAAUCUGGCAGCAUUCUUCACGAGUAAGUAUUACUUUUCGUAGCCAACUCCAAAUAAAUCUCACCUACUUGAGUUAGUGGUUUUUAUGGGGGAAUUCCGCCGGAAGAAGUACACCAAAGGGGAUGUUUUAAAAGCAUCUCUCUGUUAUUAGCCAGGACGCAUAUUUUGCCUUUCCGUUCUUGAUAACAGCAUGUAAAGGGAUGCAGUAAUUUUGUUUGUGGUACAAUGUACAUAAAAAGGAUACCCUCUCAGUCAUUAAAACUUAGAUGCGGAGUAUCCGUAUGCAAGACUACGUCAAGUACUAGUUGUCAUGACCACUUACAGUGUAUACAUGUCAUUGUUUAGUUGUUAAAUCACCGCUUGACCCUAAGGGGUGACAUGCAUUUAAAUUUCUCUGUACAUUGUCACCCUUGAAUCAAAUAUCAAGGCCACAAGACUAAAAGAAAUAAUCAUCAACUUAUGAAGCUCUUGAUUGUUAAACAAACUCUCCUCAUCAGCACUUUAGGAAAUGUAUAGAGCACAGUAAUGAUGUUAGGGUGUAAAGUGUUGAAGCAAGAAUUCAUUACAGUUCCUGUAAAUGAUUUUCCUCCUUAGUCAAACGUACUGCUGAUACAAUUAAUUCGUUGGAGGCUCUGGCGAACCAAAACAAAAUAAAAUAUGGUGUUAUGAAAGGGGGUUCAGUGAUGACGUUCUUUGAGAAUUCAGAGGAUUCGCUGUACAGAAAAAUGUUCUCUCACAUGAGAGAAUAUAAGACCUUUGUUGAUGGGACCAAAGCUGGAGUGGAAAAAGCGAGGACCGAACAAUACGCUUACAUAACGGAAUACCCGUACCUGGAGUACUACAACCAACAGAAACCUUGCAAUACAAGACUGUUAAAAAAUCUGAUUCAAACCAAGAGCUAUGGGAUUGGACUUCAGCGAAACUCGCCAUACACUAACAGAAUUACAGUUGGAAUUUUGAACGUAGGUGUUAUGAAAUAAGCGACAGAGAUUUUUUACUGUCGGGGGGAGGGGUGGGGGUGUCAGAGGAUUUCGGUCGUUUCGCAAUUAAACUUACCUGAUUCUCCUUCGGCUCUGCAGUAUUGUAAUGAUCCCCGUCAUUGACGGUCAAUUACUAUAUUUCUCCCUUUAUACUUUGUUGUUGACGAGCUCUCCCCCCCCUCCCUAAUAAGUGAUGACUGGUCCGUUAAGCCUUCUUGAGUUUGACGAAAAAAACAAAACGAACAAAAUUAAAAUAGACGGAGAGUAUUUGAACAUGGAAUCCUACUCAGGCUAAGUAAUGGAGAGGAAAAACCCCGAUUAAAUGCGCGGUUGACAUCGUAUGGUUCUUCCCUUCAUUUGCAGCUGCGGGAGAGGAAUUUUAUUGAGAAGACUCGUCAAAGGUGGUGGGAUGAUAGGAGCCAGUGUCCACCGCCUUCAAAGUCCAAAACUGGCAACACGCAGAGCCUUGACGUUAACAACUUGGCCGGUGUUUUUAUUAUUCUGCUGGGUGGUGUGGUGAUCUCUAUCGUGCUUGUCAUUAUUGAGAUACGCUGCAGGAAGCUGGUGGAUCUCUUGACAAAUGGGAAGGUAAGAUAGAACUUUUUUUUUUUUCCUUUUUCUAGUACUUGUUGUAGGGAAUGGGUAAAUUAGCUUAACCGGAAUUUUUCUUCUUAAAAAAUUGCAGCGUUUUGGUCUGACAGGUAAAGAAUCUCAAACAGAUUAAUAAAAAAAAGUAGUUAGAAAGCGUUUGUUGUUGAGCGAGUGUUUACAUUCAAUUUUUUUGAAAAUUCGUUUUGAUCCUGUCGUAAUUGACAAAGGACGAUAGGUAUUUGAAUUCUCGAAUCAUAUUCAUUGUACCACGCUCGUGAUGAAUGAUAAAACCUCUAAAACUUUGGUAAUCUUCGUACUAGUUUUAGUUUUCUUUUGAUCUAAUUUUUCCCUCCUGUUUUUUACAAUCUCACUAAAUUUGAGGUUUACCCAGUAAUUUGCAAAAAGAAAAAGCACUGAGACUGUAUUGUUAUUAUUAUUACUAUUGAGACAAUGCUCCUUUAAUUAAUCUGGCCCCGGUUGUUCGAAGGUUGGAUAACGCUAUUUAUUGGAAAAAUCGUCUAAAUCUGGUGGUGGAUACCGCAAAACGUUUUACUAUCACCUAUCCAUUGGAUAGCGUUAUCCGCCCCUCAUACGACUGGGCCCUGGACGUUAUUUUGAUUGUUUUAGCGGACGUCAGUUUCCUCUGGAGAUGAAGGUCUUUAAAAUGAUAUGGAAGGUUAUUGUUAGAUUUACCUGCUGAUGUUGUUUGAAAACGAAGUCAUGAUCUUACGAAAGAAAACAAAUUCAACUGCACCUGCAUGGAGGGGGAAAUGAAUUUCAUGAUACAGAAAUCAAAAGAAAGCUCGCAAUUAAAAAUAAUGCUUUUCGAAUUUAUCUUUGUAACACUUUUUACAUAGAUGUCUCUCUUUACGAGAAGAUCUAUGAUGAGAAUUUUGUGGACAUUUUUCAACAUUGCAUCUCUAGAGUGCGAUUUAGUAUCGGCGGAGGCAAGGCGAACCCAAAGAAAUUGUAUUUCAAGCAACAUUUGACAGGAAAAAUUGUUUGGGCCCUUUGCGAGUUGUUUGAUUCCUAGCUUUUUGAAAUUCAUUUCCUUUAUAGCGAGCCAUAAGACACCGCUUGAGACGGGAGUCGAAGGAACCAUCGGAUGACCCUAACAACACCCGCGUGCGUGUGGGAGUGGUUUUGUCACAGGGUGAUAGGGUACUUAAACCCAUGCGUCAGAAUACGCCUCAAACUUCUGGCUGGAGAAAGUUGUUUGGAAAGGAUUAGAGGAAUUGAAGAAGAUUUAGGAAUUUACAUGUACGUGAGCUCUGUCCGUUAUCAAACAUUAUUUACCGCCUGGAAAAAAGGGGGGGGGGUUAUUAGAGGAUUUUGGGGUCGUGUGACUAUACGAUUUACCUGAAUCCCCCCUUCCCAAGGUAUUCUAAAAUUCUUAUGUUCCCCUCCCCUCCCCUCUCGCGGCAGUUAAUUGGCAGUCAAUUUUACAUUGUCUCCCUUUGUACAAGUGACUUUCGACGACUAAUACCCGUUUCGUUCCCCUGAAAACUAUGCCAUGUGAUCCCCCCUCCUUUAGAUUCCAUUUACCCAGUGACCGUUUUAUAGUGAUUAACACAUUUAAUGUUUGCGUCUGUUGGUUGGGAUUAGUUAGUUUCGAUUUAUUUUGCUUCCCUGUUCUGUUAAUGGUUCGUCCGUUUUUGUAUUUAGAGCAGAGAGCAAUUUUUAAUCGAGUGUCGAAAGUAGUCCAGAAUUGCUUCGUUUUUGCUUCACUUCGCCCUGUGAUUGGUCCAGAAAGCUCGCGCCACUCUCCCAACCAAUAUGAUUCUAAAGUAAAACCAAUCUCGACUUAGUCACCUCAGUCCCUCCGCGCUUUAGGCAGUCUUGUCGGCUUUACUUUGAGUUCUCAUUGGCUCUUAAAGGUAUUUUUCUUUCUUCUGAUCGGCCAUCGUAAUUACUUUGGUAUUGGUUUUACGACACUCAACCGAAGAGUGCUCUAACGGUUAAUUAGACUGAAUUUUGCUAUCGUUGCACCCUAAAACUGGUGGCCAGCUUUAAAAUGUAAAGGGCAAGCUAAUAAAGCUAGCAAAGUCUGUUCUCAUUCUUAUAUUUUCCAAUCCUUUCCAUCAAAUUGGAUAAUAUAAACACAGUGUUCCGCCCGGUUUAAUGACUGAUCAUUAUUUAUUGCCGGUGGGAAGGGGGGAAGGGGGGGGGGAAGGGGAAGGGGAAGGGGGAAGGGGGAAGGGGGAAGGGGGAAGGGGGAAGGGGGGAAGGGGGAAGGGGGAAGGGGGAAGGGGGAAGGGGAAGGGGAAGGGGGAAGGGGGAAGGGGGAAAGGGGGGAAGAAGUGGAAUGGAGUCGAAGGAUUUUGUCUGUGUUACGAUUCUUCCAUAAGGCUCUGUAAUACUCUCAUGAUUCUCUUACCCCCCCAAAUGAUGGCGGUUAAUUGGCAGUCCAUUUUCUAUAGUUUCCCUUUUAGGUUCUUUUGGCGACUACGACUGAUCCCCCACAAUCCUCCAUAUCCCACCCCCAUCCCCCCUCCCGCGAUAAAUUAUGAUUGCGAAGUGGCUUUUAAUGUGAUAUAACAAAAUAUACUUAUCUGUUUUAGUGUCGUAAAGCUGAAGAAGAAGCAGAUGGUGGUGAAGUUAUUCCCACGGAGAACAUCCGUUUUGUUGAACCGAGGGUCACAGUUCCAUACAUGAUUAAUUUGCGUCCACACUAUGACAAGUAUGCAUUUGCACCCGAGAGUAAACUCUAAAACGAUAGCGCAACCAGUGUGAACUGCAGCAUAUACGUAUGGAUGUCUCACGAAUAAAUUGGUACCUAAGUUAAGUUCCAGUGAGUCAAGUGAAUUUUAAAACGGAAUGAUAUCACCUGGGAACCUAUAACGAGUUAACAGCUUUAAUUUAGCUUAUUUAACUCAUUGCCUGUUCAAGAUGCAAUGAACUUUGAGGGAAUGUAAAAGCAAACAGUUGUAGUCUACAUAAGGAUGUGAUCUUUGUCGCAAUGAUCACGCAGCGGUGUGCUCUGACAAGGGAGUGUUACGUGACAUGAUGGCGUGACGUGUAGUUGAGUGUCACUCCAGUAAUCUUUGGUAAUUCUUCAAGCUAUCUAAUAAGGGGCUUUAGGUUAAUGAAAAUGCAAAAAUUUGUUCUUUUUCGAAGGGUAUUAUGUUGCUUAAAGGAGCUAUGGCUAUGGCUAUGUAUUUGUUAAAUGCGUUUCACAUCGCCAUUUUCUAUGAAUUGUUGGAAUCGUAAGAGUUAUGGCUUUAAUCCGUGACAAAUAUAUGAGAAUCGAAAGUAGGGCAAAAAGAUGAGAAACAGUCGUUGAGAUGAUUAAAGCGGAAUUUAUGUCGCUCGUACAGAAAGAGAUGAGGGUGGCUUUGAUGGUCGAUGUUUUAGUUCAAAACAUGGUGCAUAUCUUCUGUACUACUUUUAAGAUAUCAUAAGUGUUAUCUCGUAUUCUAGUGCGUUUUUGAGUCAUAAAUCGUCAUCAUUUUUUCUUGUUUCCCAGUCUUAAAGGUUAAUAGACAUGUUAGAUGCCUAUUUUGUGGAAUUCUCCUCCUUUAUUUGAAUCAUAGAAAAAAAAAAUGAUAGUAUCUUGCCUUGACGGCCAUUUCUCAAAUUAAAAAUGGUCAAUUAUAAUCCAAAAUAAGUAUUGCAUCCAACAGCCACCUCACACUGAUAAGCAGUAAAAGGUUCUUUCAAUUGUAGUGGUAACUGUUUUUCGUUAAUGUUGGAAGUUCAUUGAUAGCAUUUGGUUCAUUUUUGAUUUCAAGGAAUUUCAGUAAGCAGUCUAUCUGCUGAUCAUUACCUAGGUGUAUUAUAGUCUUAAGGCCUGGUUCGGACUGUCGAAUAUUUUAGACCUUUGAAUCUUAUCAUUUUAUAGUUAAAGUGAUGAGUGAAAAAACUUUGCUGGACUCGUUUUGAUCAUUUGGCCUGUGGAGAUCCCAUGUUAACAGAACCGACAUAACGGGGAACGUAAUUAAAAGAUGACUCACAUACAAAUCCUCAUUAAAUUGACCCAUCUGGCAAGGAAAAACUUAAGUUUGCACAAUUUUAGUUUUUCGUUUGUCUUUGAAUUAAAUUGAACUCCUUUUUCCACUUUUGCUUCAAAACGUUUUGUGUUUCUUGAAAAGUACUAGUAUUCUGCUGGAAAACUGUUGACGUGCAUAUGUAGUUCAACGAUUUAAAUUUUAACAUCACAGCUCUUUCAGGAUCCAUAAGACCCUCUCAAGAGACCUUUUCAAAAGGUAAUAAAAAGAUAUUGUGCUGAAAAUGAAUGAAAAUUAUACAUAUGUGAUAUAAAUUGGAAUAAAUGAGUUCAAUUCAUCAGCCCAUGAAAGCAUCUAGAUGAGAGUGAAAGACAAGUUCGAAAAGUAUUUCAUUGAAAAAUCUUCAAUGAAUGGAAUAUUAAAAAGAGAUGCACAUAAACAGGAACCACUUAGCUCUUGUCAGAUCAGAAAAACUAAUUCAAUAUUAUAAGUAACGAAAGUUCCAUCCAGUUUCAUUAAAAAAGGUGAUAUAUUCGUAACUGCGAAUGUAAAAACCCC